AUGGAGUUUGCUUUAAUUGAUGAUGAAAAUGGAAGUAGGAUAUUAAUCACAAGCAGAAAUCAGGAUGUUGUUAAUUCCUGUAAGAGAUCUGCUGCUAUUCAAGUGCAUGAGCUGCAACCUUUAACUCUUGAAAAAUCAUUGGAAUUGUUUUAUACAAAGGCAUUUGGAUCUGACUUUAAUGGACGUUGUCCAAGCAAUCUUAAGGACAUAUCCACUGAAAUUGUUAAAAAGUGUCAAGGCUUACCACUAGCAAUUGUGGUCAUUGGUGGUCUUUUAUUCGACAAAAAAAGAGAAAUACUUAAAUGGCAGAGGUUUUAUCAAAAUCUAAGUUGUGAACUACGGAAAAAUCCCAGUUUAAAUCCUGUGAAAAGGAUUUUGGGUUUCAGUUAUCAUGAUUUGCCUUACAAUCUCAAACCAUGCUUCUUGUAUUUCGGAAUAUAUCCAGAAGAUUACAAAGUUGAACGCGGGACAUUGAUUCUACAAUGGAUAGCUGAGGGGUUUGUUAAAUCUGAAGCAACAGAAACUUUAGAGGAAGUGGCAGAAAAAUAUUUAAAUGAGUUGAUCCAAAGAAGUUUGGUUCAAGUAUCUUCAUUUACUAAGGGUGGCAAAAUUAAAUACUGUGGUGUUCAUGACCUAGUAUAUGAAAUUAUCCGUGAGAAAAAUGAAGAUUUAAGCUUUUGCCAUUCUGCAAGUGAGCGUGAGAACUCGCCAAGAAGUGGGAUGAUUCGUCGCCUAACAAUAGCAUCCGAUUCCAACAAUUUGGUGGGAAGUGUUGGAAACUCAAACAUUCGAUCACUUCAUGUUUUUAGUGAUGAAGAAUUAUCAGAAUCCUCGGUGAAGAGAAUGCCUACAAACUACAGGUUAUUAAGGGUACUUCAUUUUGAACGCAAUUCACUGUAUAAUUAUGUUCCGCUCACGGAAAAUUUUGGGGAUUUAUCCCUUUUGACGUACUUAAGCUUCAGAAAUUCAAAGAUAGUAGAUCUUCCAAAAUCAAUAGGCGUGUUGCACAACCUAGAAACAUUGGAUCUAAGAGAAUCUCGUGUGCUUGUGAUGCCAAGAGAGUUCUGCAAGCUUAAAAAGUUAAGACACCUUUUAGGGUUUCGGCUUCCAAUAGAGGGUAGCAUUGGAGAUCUAACGUCCCUAGAAACACUGUGUGAAGUGAAAGCAAACCAUGAUACAGAAGAAGUAAUGAAAGGGUUGGAAAGACUUACACAAUUAAGGGUGUUGGGCUUGACCCUUGUUCCGUCACAUCACAAAAGUUCUCUGUGCUCCUUGAUAAACAAGAUGCAACGCCUGGACAAGUUAUACAUUACUACUCCAAGGUCAUUACUUAGGCGCAUUGAUUUGCAAUUUGAUGUAUGUGCACCUGUGCUUCAGAAGGUUCGCAUUGUAGGGGGUUUAAAGGAGUUCCCAAACUGGGUUGCCAAGCUCCCAAAUCUUGUUACGUUGUCCUUGACACGCACCCGUUUGACUGUUGAUCCAUUGCCACUACUUACGGAUUUACCAUAUUUGUCGUCCCUCUUUAUUAAUCGUAGUGCAUACGAUGGUGAAGUUUUGCAGUUCCCAAACAGGGGGUUUCAGAACCUUAAGCAAAUACUACUGAAUCGCUUGUAUGGUUUGAAAUCCAUCGUUAUUGAAGAUGGAGCAUUGCCUUCUCUUGAAAAGUUCAAGUUAGUCAGAAUUCUCGAACUGAAGGAGGUGCCUUCUGGUCUCUACAAGUUACCAAAUCUUGAGGUUUUCCAUGCUAUUCAUAUGUCACCUGAAUUUCAAGAAAACUUUAAUCUCAACAGAGGACAACGUCAAUGGAUAAUAGAAUGA